GACAAACGGCGGUCUGUGUGUACGCGGUACAGGCAGUAUAACGGGCCGAACUCGAAGCGCUGUGUUCGCCCAAAGUUUUAGUACUUUAGUAGUUAGAGAGCGCGUGGUCGCGACGAGCGCGCGUCGGCUCGGCUUCACGUCACUUUGUUUAUUUUAUACGAAACACUCGUACAAGAUUUAAAUUCUCAAAGAAAUAGUGCUUUUGUUGUAUCAAUUAAAAUAAAUUUCGGAUGUAUGACGUUGUGCCGGUGUCUGUUUUGUGUACAUUUAUCGAUUUUUCUCAUAGCACUUAUCCGAAUUAAGCGGCUCUAAUUUUUUAAAGUACGAAAUUAAUCGAAGUAAAGUCGCGCGGUGUGCUUUCUGAAAAGUUUGUGCUUUCAGUGUCAGCUGUGUUAGCUCGUUAGCUGUCCCUUUCAUUCUAGUCGAAAGGGAAAGGAAGGCCAGAUUGCUUGGCUACUGUUGUUUUGUUUUCAUGAUUUUCUUUGCUGCAUAUACAUAGAGCGGAUUGAGGAAAUAAAUCGCUUCGAUAUCUUGUGCAUACAAGAAUAUUAUAAGUACACAGCAAACAGGCACACCGCCCACGUAGCGAGAUAACGCCGCAUCCCGUCCACAGAGAAAUUAAUCUAGCGCACGGUAACAGGAAACAUGCCGAUAAACCACUGUAUGCUGUAACGAUCAGAGCACGAACCCACCAUACAUUGACAUGCUCAGCUGACACCUGUACAGUUUUCAUUGUUGACAAGAUGUCACCCGCUGCAUCGACGAAGUACGGUGCACAAGAAGCGCAUUCCCCAUCAAAAACCAUACCAAAAACCUUAAACAUUAUGGAGCAUCUAAAUAAUAUAGCAACUAGAGAAAAAAAUUAUAACGAACAAACAGCAUGCGUCACCAAAGCGUGCAUUCAUAGUAGUAUGAGACAAAAUCAUUCCAAUAAAAAACUAGACGAAAAUAACGAAUUGACUGAUUUAGAUAGGUAUACGAUGCAAAUACGAGAUUACGAAUGUUCGCGUGGAGAAAUCGAACGACGACCGUCCAGGAACAGCGACGAAAAAGUACGACGUGGAGAGCGCGUAAUGCAAAACUUACUCGUAAAAGAAUCGAUUAUCAGACAGAAAAUCGAUGUAAAGGCAGACGCAACGAGCCCUGUUGCUUCAAAAUUUAAAUACGUACAGAAUACACAGGAGUGGAUGAAAACAAUCGAGAGGUUAAUGUGCAUCCGUAUUCGAGCGUUGUUCGUAAUAGGACUGUUGCUCACUAUGAUCGCUACUGGUACAGCUGCACCCACCAGAUCACGAGCGACGAGGACUGCACACCACGAGAGAUCAGCGCGAGGAUACCUUGAAACUUUCGGAUAUCUGAGCAAAAGUCGACCUGAAGUUGGAAAUCUUAUAAUGGACGGAAACGAGCAAUCUUACGAAGACGAUUUCCGGAUCGCGAUCAAAACUUUACAAGAAUUCGGAGGUAUUCCUGUCACAGGGGAGCUAGACGCAGCGACAAGAAAUUUAAUGAAACAAAAGCGGUGUGGUAGACCAGACAGAGAAGAACAGGAUCACGAAAAUCGAAGAUCGAAGAGAUUUGCCGUCCAGGGAGCGAAGUGGAAACACACCAAUUUAACAUGGAGUUUGUCAUCGACGCGUCGUCCUUCUCUACUGGACCCGUACGAGACACGCAGCGUGUUGGCACGCGCCCUCGACGUUUGGGAACAAGCCUCCCGACUUACUUUCACAGAAGUAAAUUCGGAAGAGGCCGAUAUCCUUGUCUCGUUCGCCAAACGUUACCAUGACGAUGCAUAUCCAUUCGAUGGACGAGGUACGAUUCUAGCUCACGCUUUCUUUCCUGGCGUGGACCGCGGUGGUGACGCGCACUUUGAUGAUGACGAACUCUGGUUGUUAGAGCCCAAAGAUGACGAUGAAGAAGGCACAUCACUUUUUGCUGUUGCUGUUCACGAGUUUGGACAUUCGUUAGGACUUAGCCACAGUAGUGUAAAAGGCGCACUGAUGUACCCUUGGUAUCAGGGUAUUCAAUCUAACUUUGUAUUACCUGAAGAUGAUCGUAAUGGCAUUCAACAAAUGUAUGGUCCAAAAUUAAACAAUAAGAAAUGGGCAAGAAUCCCUUCAUACAAACCAGUUCAAACACCACCAACAACCACUACGACUACCACUACGACCACAACAACCAGAAGGCCUUAUAUCCACCAUAAUAGACAUCAUGGAGUUCCGAACAUGCCCCGUGAUCCAUCUAGAAACCCAGUUUACUACCCGAGAAGACCUUAUUACCCUGAUCGUCAUUACCACAAUACAACCGAAGAUCAUCCACGCAGAACGAAUUACAAUUACCCUCGAAUUGAGACUACCACGCACGCAAUAACUUACCGCCCCCGAUACCCCUAUAAACCGGAGUAUCCCAGCUACCCAAGACCAAACUAUCCGGUCGAUCCUAGGCAAGAUUACCCUAAGCAGGACUACCCUAGAUCAGAUUAUCCUAAGCGACCAUACUAUCCAGAGAAAACUACCACUACUACUCAAAGGCCCACGCCGCCACAAAGGCCGACUCCAACUUCACCAUCGGAUAAACCAAAUACGUGUGAUACAAAUUACGACGCUGUCGCUUUAAUACGUGGCGAACUCUUCAUAUUCAAAGACAGGUAUCACUGGAGGAUCGGAGCUCACGGUCGAUAUCCUGGUUACCCAAUGGAAAUAACUAGAAUGUGGUCCAGUUUACCAAAAAAUCUAACACACGUGGACGCUGUUUAUGAAAGACCAGAUAAACAUAUUGCUAUCUUUAUAGGAAAGGAGUUGUAUUUGUUCAAUUCACAAUAUUUAUUGCCCGGCUAUCCGAAACCUUUGACCAAACUGGGUUUACCUGAAACUUUGGAGAAAUUGGACGCGGCAAUGGUUUGGAGUCUCAAUGGCAAAACUUACUUUUACAGUGGAACUAUGUAUUGGAAAUAUGAUGAAGACGAAGGAAAAGUAGAACUGGACUAUCCCCGUAAUAUGGCCAUGUGGAAGGGGGUUGGAUACAACAUCGAUAGUGUUUUCCAAUGGAAAGACGGGAACACCUAUUUCUUCAAAGGAAAAGGAUAUUGGAAAUUCAACGACCUGCAAAUGCGAGUGGAGCACGAACAACAACUUCCGUCAGCCCCGUUCUGGAUGGGUUGUCCUGGAGAGAGAAGCGGUCGAAAAUAUCCUUAUCGCGCUCCUGCAGCACCAGGAUCUACUUUACGAUCGCCGAGUUCAUCAUCAACGCUACAUUUAACUAACUUAAUCGCACUUAUCUCUUCUCUAGUUAUUUCGCUCAAUAUGUCUUUACAAUUUUACUGAAGUAGAUUGGAACUAUUAUAGAAUAAUCGCAGAAUACACUUUUUUUAUUUUAACUUUAGUAGUACACAAGACUUACGCUUUUUCUUCAGCCAUUUGUAAUAUCAAACUUACUCAAAACGACGCAAACAUAUCCAGAAUACGUCUGAUAAAAAUCUAGAAUUAAAUUUUUAAUAUUUGCGAAAAUUGCACUGCCUCCUUUGUAUUUCCUAUUAUUAUUAAAUGUAGAUAUAUACCUGUGAACUUACUAGAUUAAUUACUAGCUGUAAGUAUCAAGUUUUAUUUCUAUAGUUAUUACUAUAUGUACAUUUUGAUCUCAAUAUGAUCGAGUGUUUCGUUUGUUAAUGACAUGUAAGGUAUAUAACACCAUUCGUUUAGCUUCUGUACAGUUACUGUUCGUCUUGUCCUUUGAUGUCUAUGCCAUUUAUCUAUAUAGCAUUGUGAUUAUAAAAUCAUUAUAUUCUUACUGUGAAGAAUACAGGGUAUCCCGCGGUUAUAUUAAAUUAUGGUAAAAUACUCUAAUUAUAUUUGCAGGAAUAGGAUACGAAUAAAUUUACAGAAAAUACAUUUUUUUAACAAAUCGAUCGUCCUGUAGAUAGCCUGUGACUGUUAUCGAAACAAUCCAAUAUGGCGAUUAGCGUUACCUUCAUUUUUUUUGCGCGCGCUUACAAUACUCUUUGCUUGCGCUUGGCGUUUUCUCUUCCAUGAGCUUUCGGGACUGCUCUUUUCUGUAUUUAAUUGAAUCUUAGUCAUUUUGAGAAUCACUCUACCAACAAUGUGUUUUUAUUUUAUUUUAUAGAUAUGUAAAAUGUUACAUUACUUCGCUAUGAGAAAUAACCGUUGGACAUCCUGUAUAAAUUGUAGUAUAUGCGUGUAUUGUAUACAUUAAUUAAUGUAUGACAUAUGUAUGUAUAUGUACACUCGUGCUAUAAUAUGCCGAGAUAUAUAUUGUAUGUUGCUGAAAACAUUUAUUCUCCAAUGCCUUACUUUAUCAAACAUAUUUGUACGAUACGAUAAUGUUGUGUAUUAUUUGCUAGUUUUAUGUAUUUUAUAAGUAUGUACUCUAAAUAAUAUAAAAUUUGAAAUUUUUUAAGUAAUUUAUUUAACACUAUUAUAAAUGCUGGUAACAGAGGUACACUUAAAUUUAAUAUUUGUAAUUAAAAUUUGUAAGAUAUCCUAAAUUGCCAUAAUCAUAAAUUUAAUAUAGUGUAAAAGUUAAUUUGUACAUUUAAAACGUUUUAGCGUUAAAGAAACUGAAAUUAUAGAAUUACUCAAAAUUAGGAUAUUUCAAUUGCUGCAAAAAGUCUGUAGAUUUUCAUUACCAAUUCAUGGAAUUAUAAAUGAGAAAUAUGGUAGAAUGAAAAUGGUGCUUAUUGUAGUUAGAUAUUGUACAGAAUAAAUUUAACUUGAUAUUUUUGUAUUUUAAUGUUAAAACCACAAUAAGGAAUGUUUACCGCAUACAAUAAGAUUUUUUUCAUUUCUAGGAUAAAGAGAAAAUACAAUAUUGAAAUCAUGUAACCCAAAAUGUGUUUCAUUUUAAAAUGAAACUACAUAACUAUAAAUUAAAGUAGAUAAUUUAUAGCCAUAUAAAUGGGUCAAUCUUGUGCGAAAACACUUUUCAAAAUAAGUUUAUAUAACGUAGCAAUCAGUAGCUUUUUACAAUGUUUUGGUCACAAAUACUUUAAAUAAGAACUGUGAUAUUUACUUUUACGAUAAUGGCCACUAAAAAUUGGCAUCAAAAUUACUUGACUUUAAUUUUCAAUAAAAUUAUUUGAUAUUGAUAUUAAUUAUUACAAGAAUGUCCUCUGUCCUCUAUUAAGUUUUAUAAUUAAAUUGAAUAAAUAUGUAAAGGACUUUCUACUGAAA